CUAUGAGCGCAGCGUUCCCGCCGUCGCUGAUGAUGAUGCAGCGCCCGCUGGGGAGUAGUACCGCCUUUAGCAUAGACUCGCUGAUCGGCAGCCCGCCGCAGCCCAGCCCCGGCCAUUUCGUCUACACCGGCUACCCCAUGUUCAUGCCCUACCGGCCGGUGGUGCUGCCACCGCCUCCGCCGCCGCCUCCCGCGCUGCCCCAGGCGGCGCUGCAGCCGGCGCUGCCACCCGCGCACCCUCACCACCAGAUCCCCAGCCUGCCCACCGGCUUCUGCUCCAGCCUGGCGCAGGGCAUGGCACUCACCUCCACGCUCAUGGCCACGUUGCCCGGUGGCUUUUCUGCGUCGCCCCAGCACCAAGAGGCGGCGGCCGCCCGCAAGUUCGCUCCGCAGCCAGUGCCUGGAGGCGGCAACUUCGACAAAGCCGAGGCGCUUCAAGCCGAUGCGGAGGACGGCAAAGCCUUUCUGGCCAAGGAGGGCUCGCUGCUCGCUUUCUCUGCGGCCGAAGCGGUGCAGGCGUCGCUCGUCGGGGCUGUCCGAGGGCAAGGGAAAGACGAGUCAAAGGUGGAAGAUGACUCGAAGGGCAAGGAGGAGAGCUUCUCUCUGGAGAGCGAUGUGGACUACAGCUCAGAUGACAAUUUGCCUGGCCAGACAGCUCAUAAGGAGGAAGAUUCCGGCCACGCACUGGAGGAGACCCCGCAGAGCGGCGGUGCAGCAGGCAGUACCACAUCCACCGGCAAGAACCGGCGGCGGCGGACUGCCUUCACCAGUGAACAGCUGCUGGAGCUGGAGAAAGAAUUCCACUGCAAAAAGUACCUCUCCCUGACCGAGCGCUCCCAGAUCGCCCACGCCCUCAAACUCAGCGAGGUGCAGGUAAAAAUCUGGUUCCAGAACCGCCGGGCCAAGUGGAAACGCGUCAAGGCAGGCAACGCCAAUUCCAAGACCGGGGAGCCCUCCCGGAACCCCAAGAUCGUCGUCCCCAUCCCUGUCCACGUCAGCAGAUUCGCUAUUCGAAGUCAGCACCAGCAGCUGGAGCAGGCCCGACCCUGAGGGCCUAGCCAGGGUGGACACCGUCGUGGAGAGGCCCUAACACCCAAGGGAACCGGUGGCAGACUCCACUGUUCAAAGCAGAACUCAAAGGCACCUCCCAGAUGUGGACAUCCCAAGCAAAUUGAGAAUAUAUUCACUAGAUGGGCUUAAUGGGGGCUACAGCCACACCAGAAGAUACACUAAAUAUUUAUUAUACGACCCUACUUUGUACAUAGAUAUCUAUAUAGACUGGAUCUCAGCUGCAGUAUUUUGAAAGGGAUAGGACCAAACGUCUCCACUCACACAUUCCAGAUGAAACAAAACCACCACUGUACCCUGUCGCCCUCAGCGACCACCUUCCCAUACUUUCCCAAAGGUAAACCAGAGACACAAGAGCAAACGCUGGGGUUUAAGCUGAUUUUUUUGUUUGUUUUGUUUUUAUUCUGGCUUUUUGAGUUGAGCGCAGAGCAGACUUUUUGGGCACUCCAGGAAUCUGCUCUGUUCAUUUGCCCUUGCCUGGCUUUCUUUCCUAUCUGAGCCAUGUCGGAAGCACGUCUCCGUUGUGUUUAAUUUAUUUCAAUGUCGCUUAUUUUCAUAUAAGUUAUGACAUUUAAACAAUCUCAGUCUUGUGAAUAA